GGCGCUAGCCAAUCAACUCAACCGAAGACCUUCCUCAAAAGCUCCGGUGACAGGCACUAGCUGUUUACACAUGACCUACGCGCAUAAAGCCGGCACACGCGGAAGGACGUUUGAGCAUCCAGGUGCAAGAAGGGAAUGGAUCUAACGUUCGCAGACAACAUUUUAGUCCGUCUCCGUUAUUCGGAUUAUUCUUAAAUGCACCUUUAACUGGUCCAGCAAUAUAGUUUGUGCAGGAAGCUAUAAACAUUGCGUCCUGUCCCUACUGGUCCGUAUACAUCUUAUAGCAUUUUGCAUAUGCAAUCAUGUUUUUAUUCACAAGGGCUGUGCUUAUUGUGAACGUCUUAUUUUUGAUUUGCAAAGUUGCGCGCUCCAUGCAGAGUCAACUGUGCGAACCUGUCAGAAUGGAUAAUCAUGACUAUGCAAAUAACAACUUCGUUGGUUCUGAAAUGAGCGCACCGCCGAAUAAAGUGGCUUUCCAAAUAAGUGCAUUUGGGCAGGAUUUUGUUCUUGACUUGCACGCGGAUUCUAGCUUUAUCGCACCCACGCUCUCGACAUUGGGAAUGCCCCUUGUGUCCGAGCGCGCGGACCUUCGGCGCUGUUUCUACGCGGGCACCGUGAAUUCAGAUCCACUCUCGUACGUGGCUCUCAGUCUGUGUGACGGCCUGCACGGCGCGUUUGGCUACGACGGCUGGGAAUAUUUUGUCAAUCCGGCAAGCGACGACUCCGUGUUUUCGGGUGCGCGCCGGAGCGCCGAGAGCGCGCACCUUCUGCGACGACGCGCCAACUCCGAGCUUGGAGGCAACGGCACGACGCGAUGUGGCGUGGACGGUGGCCCGACACCGGAGGUCGCACGGUCCCUGGAGAAGUUUAAACGCUCCGAAGAAGCUAAUGCUGGCGAUAAAACCACCGCACAGAGGAGCCGGCUCAAGCGAUUCGCAUCGGUGCCUCGGUACGUUGAAACGCUUGUGGUGGCCGACGAGUCCAUGGCCAAUUUCCACGGUGACGAUCUGAGGCAUUACGUGCUUACACUCAUGGCAGUUGCGGCUCGCCUCUACAAACACCCAAGCAUCCUGAACCCCAUUAACAUCGUGGUGGUCAAGUUCCUGGUGAUUACCGACGAGGAUAAAGGGCCCAAGGUGACCGGCAACGCAGCCAUGACAUUGCGCAAUUUCUGCACGUGGCAAAAGAAGAUGAACAAGAACAGCGACAAGCACCCGGAGUAUUGGGACACCGCCAUCCUAUUCACCAGAGAGGAUCUGUGUGGAGCCUCCACGUGUGACACUUUGGGCAUGGCAGAUGUUGGCACGAUGUGUGACCCAAAGAGGAGCUGCUCAGUGAUCGAGGAUGAUGGCUUGCCAUCUGCAUUCACCACAGCUCACGAACUUGGCCAUGUAUUCAACAUGCCCCAUGAUAAUGUGAAGGCAUGUGAGGAUGUAUUUGGAAAGCUGCAGGACAAUCAUAUGAUGUCACCGACACUGAUCCGGAUAAACCGCACCAGCCCAUGGUCGCCGUGUAGUGCUGCUAUCAUUACAGAGUUCCUGGACAGCGGGCAUGGUGAUUGUUUAUUGGAUCAGCCUGAGAAACCCUUGGCACUACCUGACAUUCUCCCUGGAGUGUCGUAUGGUCUAGAGAGGCAGUGUGAGUUGUCAUUUGGCGCUGGUUCGAAGCCAUGCCCACUCAUGCAGGCACCGUGCCAGCGGCUAUGGUGCACAGGCAAGACGCGUGGUCAGCCUGUCUGUCAGACACGCCACUUCCCCUGGGCAGACGGCACAGAAUGUGGAGAGGGCAUGCUGUGCAUGCGCGGGGUUUGCUUAGAGGAUUACGAGGUCUCCAGGCCUAAGGUGGAUGGAAAGUGGGGUAAAUGGGGGACAUUCGGGCCUUGCUCCAGGACAUGUGGUGGUGGAGUGCAGCUGGCAAAGAGAGAGUGCAAUAAUCCACUGCCAGACAAUGGGGGCAAAUACUGCCAGGGAGUGAGGGUUAAGUAUCGGUCCUGUAACCUCACACCAUGCUCAGACACUGGGAAGAGUUACAGAGAGGAGCAGUGUGAGGCUUUCAAUGGCUUCAAUCUGAACACCAACCGCCUCACGCCCUCUGUGGUGUGGGUGCCUAAGUACUCAGGCAUCUCCCCUAAAGACCAGUGUAAGCUGAUAUGCAGGGCUAAUGGAACAGGCUACUUCUAUGUCCUCUCUCCCAAGGUUGUGGAUGGGACUCCAUGUUCUCCUGACUCUUCAGGAGUCUGUGUUCAGGGCAAAUGUAGCAAGGCGGGAUGUGACGGUAAACUCGGCUCCAGCAAGAAGUUUGACAAGUGUGGCAUCUGUGGAGGGGACAAUAAGAGCUGCAAGAAGAUUUCUGGCCUCUUCACAAAACCCAUUCAUGGCUACAACUUUGUCGUCAUGCUUCCUAUGGGUGCGUCCAACAUUGACAUCCGCCAGCGUGGCUAUAAGGGAAUGGUAAAUGAUGAUAACUACCUGGCUGUCAAGAACAGCCGAGGUGAAUACCUUCUUAAUGGCAACUAUAUAGUGUCAGCAGUGGAGCGGGACAUCCUAGUGCGUGGCAGCCUUUUGCGCUACAGUGGCACCAGCGGCCAAUCAGAGACGCUGCAUGCUGUAAGGCCACUGGGGGAAGCUCUGACAGUGGAGGUGCUGUCUGUUGGCCACUUAACGCCUCCACGCAUCCGCUAUUCCUUCUUUAUCAAACGAGAAACCAAGGAGGACAAGGUGUUAAAGAAGGAGGGCAGGACUCUGGCCGAAAACAGCGUUCUCAUUGAGGAGGGAGGGCUUGGGAAAGAAGCUGAUCCCCUCAAUAAAAAAAUUCCACCUCCCUACAUCAAAGAGGCUCCACCCCCUGCGAAGUGGGCGGCUACUGGGUGGGAGGACUGCUCAGUGACCUGUGGAAAUGGCCUACAGAGGAGAUUGGUACAGUGCCAAAGUGGAGAUGGCACUCCUGGUACAGACUGUGAUCCAGCCAAAAGGCCCAGUGCAUUGCGGGCUUGUGGUGACCCAUGCCCAGUAUGGCAUAUAGGUGAGUGGUCCUCCUGUUCCAAGACCUGUGGCAAAGGCUUUAAACGGCGCCCACUCCGCUGUGCCACCGAGUCGGGCAUGGUGCUUCCCAGGGAUCACUGUGUGAGCAUGAAGAAACCACAGGAGCUAGACUUUUGUUCGUUAAAACCCUGCUAAUGACUCCUUUUCCCACAGUAUUUAAAUUUCCACGUUAAUUCCUGUCGUGGACUUGUCAUUUUGUUAAACAAUAUACUCAACAAACAAAGAACAGUUAAAAGUUAAACUAUCCGGAACUUUAUUUGUUCUGGUGCAUCUUUUUUUUUUAUGAAGAAGAAGAAAAAACUGUUACAAAACAGAGAGAAGCAAUACUUUGUAAAGCAAUAUUGCCAUGUAGGCUAACUUAUAUGCCGAUCAUCUUUUGGACUGAGAAGAAACGAUCCACAGAGUCGAAAGAGUAGCACAGAAAUUGCCCGUGUACUGCAUUUCCUCCUUAAAUCUGUCUUGUUUUGAGGCCUCAGAAGGGUCCAGAGUGUCUGGUGAGAGACUGGGGUCAAGUUUCAUAUAAACAGAGCAUGGUUUAAUGCUUUGAUCAUUUUCCAUUAGCAUUUGAAAACAUUAAUUAGUCCUGUUGAAUAUUCCUUUAAUAGUCUACUUGAAUAUUCCUGGCAUAAUAAACACUGAGAGAAUGCCAGAGUGCUGGAGCAGCAGGAAAUUGUUGACUCCCUCCAAGACCUUAUUUUGUAGGAGAAAAUUUUUGUCAAUUUAUUGUUAUUUCUUAAUGACCAGAACGUUCAUGCCUUUUAAAACAAGGUACGGCAUCACCAGUUUAAACACCAAAUAUCACAUAGACAUAUAUAAAAGCUAAAGAAAAUGAUUCCAACUGAGUCAACUAUCUCAAUAUUAGCAUAUUAAUCUUUCUCCUGAAUCUCAACAGUCUUCUGUCUUUAAAUUUCUAUUUAUGUAUAGUUCAGGGUGAGACAGUUAACCCUUAGAGUCUGUUCAUUUUGCAAACUGUGCCUCCAUGACAGGGUCUUUAUCUCAAUUAGUCAUCCAACAUCUCGUUUGUUUUUAUGUUAUCCUCUCUUUCCAGUGAGACAGAGGUGCAGCUGCUAUAAUCAAGCCCUGUCUGGUACAGUAACUAACUUAUUAUUAUAGCAAUAUCUUGUGAUGGCAUAUGCCAUGAGGCAUGGUUUUGUCUGCCAGAUGCCAACCUGGUAAACUGUUGUUUUUUUGUUUUUUUUUUUGUACACAGUGUAAAUUCAUGUAAUGCAUAACACAGUAAAAAGAUAUAUAUGUGAGGUUUUUUGGGGCGACCAUAUUGUCCAUCUAAAAGAUGGUUCUUGUAUGACUUGGAAUGUUUUAUCCAUUUUUUUUUUCUUUUGCACUUUAGUACAGCAAAAGAGUUCAACGUCCUGCAUGGGCUGCCUUGUAUACCAUGUAUACAUCCAUCUAGCUGUGCACAAAUAAGUCCUGUAAAUACCUUUCUAUUUUAUAUAUUUUUUUUUACGCUGGCAUUUUGAAUUGACUUCAAGGUAUUUAUUCCAAAUAAAACAUGUACUAACAAGAUCCUUUA